GGCCUGGCUAUUGUCACUAAAAUUUCAGAGGCAAGUCGCUUUUCCUCCUCGGCUGUCUAAGGAUAGGCCGCCAUCGUGAACGACACAGUAACUAUCUGCACUAGAAAGUUCAUGACCAACCUACUACUUCAGAGGAAACAAAUGGUCAUUGAUGUCCUUCACCCCGGGAAGGCAACAGCGCCUAAGACAGAAAUUCGGGAAAAACUAGCCAAAAUGUACAAGACCACACCGGAUGUCAUCUUUGUAUUUGGAUUCAGAACUCAUUUUGGUGGUGGCAAGACAACUGGCUUUGGCAUGAUUUAUGAUUCCCUGGAUUAUGCAAAGAAAAAUGAACCCAAACAUAGACUUGCAAGACAUGGCCUGUAUGAGAAGAAGACCUCAAGAAAGCAACGAAAGGAACGCAAGAACAGAAUGCAGAGAGUCAGGGGAACUGCAAAGGCCAAUGUUGGUGCUGGCAAAAAGUGAGCUGGAGAUUGGAACACAGCUGAAGGAGUAAAAGGUGCCGCAAUGAUGUUAUCUAUGGCCGUUGUGGAUUUUUCACGAGAAGCUUAUUAAUAAACUAAAAACUUUUGUGUGAAAAAAAAAAUUUCAGAAGCAA